AGACCAGCGAAGGGACCAGCAUGUGCAAAACACUAUAGUUUUAUACUGUUGUAAAAUAGCAAGAGCUUAUUAUCCCCAUGACUGAGGGGACAGAGGUAGCAAUGACACAGAGUUGAGUGGCUAAAUUGCUCUGGGCUUCAAAGGCCAUGGUUAAGACCUGGCUUUUGAUCUGAGAUGGGAAGCUUGAGCAGAGGACUAACAUGGCUUACUCUUCAGAGGAUCAUUCUGACUGCCGGAACCUGGAGUAUGUGGAGCAAAUAUGGAAACCUCCAAGGUGUGGAUCUUCUUGUGCGUUGGAUUCCUGGGGCUGUGUUCAGUGCUGAUAGGAAGCUGCAUACUCUUUCUGCAUUGGAAGAAGAACUUGCAAAGAGAAGAACGUGCCCAGCAGUGGGUGGAAGUGAUGAGAGCUGCCAUAUUCACCUACAGCCCACUCUUUUACUGGAUAAAUAAGCGGCGUUACCAUGGCAUGAAUGUGGCCAUUAACACAGGCCCUCCCCCUGCUGUCACCAAGACUGAGCCGGAAGUUCAGAAUCCAGAUUCUUUGUGGGAGUUGGAUAUCUCUGAAGGCAGGAACUACAUUGUGCAAGACAGCAGCCUCAGAGGUGAAGCCUCUGAUCUUUUGCAACAUGUUUUGGGAGUUCCAAAGCAGCCCCUGUCUUCAACAGUGCCACAGCCUCGAACUGACUCCCCAUUCCCACUUCCCAUCUUUCAGGAGGUGCCCUUUGCCCUAUCCCUCUGCCAUCUGCCUCCCAUGUUGAACCACUCUGUCUCCUACCCUUUGGCCAACAGCCCUGAAAGGAACGUUCAUUUCUGUUCCCUCCCAAUACUGGCCCAUAGAACAAACUGCUUUAAUGCCAAGCCUUUUGCUUCAGAGCUGUAGUUUCCUCCUAUUGAGGGUGGGAGCUUUAAGUACCAAAGGCUCCCUUUGGUAGAAAACAGAGAUAACCUCAAGGAGUUGGUACUGACAAAGAGGUCAGAGCCACCUGGUGAGAGGUUUAAAGCCACAGACUUAAAAAAAAAAUAAAGUCCAAGUUUCUUCUCUGUUUCAUUUGCUCCUAGAAGGGCAAUGCCUUUUGUCACAGCCAAUGUGAUGUUGUGCUUUGUAAACCAAGCUGGUUAUAGGUU